AUGGGAACGGCAGCGCCGAGCACGCUGCCGCGCGGUGGAACUAUGCUGCGAGCGUUCUCACCUGCAGCGCCGCCUGUGCCCGCCGACCGCGUCAAGACCAUCCCGGCGGCCGUGCCGACCAAGCCGUUACGCUCGUACGUCCCAGGCACUGGUUCGGAGCGAUGUUUCCCAUUUGCUGUCGCCGACUGUCCUCGGAUGACAGAGCAGCUUUACUCCGUCACUGGACUCGCUGGGGACGGCUAUGUGUCAUCCCCAGAACGAAGCGUUGGUCGCCCGCCGUACGAAGAUCCAUACUACACUCAAUACCUGGGGCCUGCCGCUGGAAGGCCUAAUAUCGCGCCCGUCAUCGACGAGGAGGCUGGUGAAACUGUAAUUGUCGACGAUUCAUAUCAGUUGUAUGGCGUCAAUGCCAUAACUACCGCUCCGCGACCAAUGCCUCGCCCGCCGUUCGAUGCCAGGCUCAAUACGCAAGUUGAUGAUAUGCAGCGCUUGCGCGUCGAGAAAAUGGAGCGCCAACUUGCCAACCUAACUGGCUUAGUUCAGAAAGCUCUACAGGUGCCUGGCACCGCAGCUCCGGUAGUUGCCCCUCGACAGGAGCUUCCGACGUACCCGCCACGAACUGCAAACCAAGAAAAAUCUGUGUCGUUUGAGAAAUCGGUAUCAUUUAGCGAUGAUCCACCAGACAUGAACUCCCCUAAACAGCAUUCGCCUCAACACUCAGCUGAUACAAAACCAGCUAAACCGGCAAUCAAAUCAUCUACUUUGCCGAGGACAUCUUCACAAGAACGCGAUCGUUUGAAACCAGCCCCACCUCCGAAGCCCGCUGGUCUUGUGGGUCAGCAGAUGCCAUUGCCUCCUCAACGGACCCAAACCCUAAACGUUGGUCCCGACUUUUUCAAUCAACUGCGUAUGCUCCAAAAGCAAAGCCAUGAUCUCAGGAUUGAGACACGCAACUUACGACGUUCAACGUUGUCGCAAGCUAUUCAAAUGAGGCAACUGAUGGCCGAAACGAUUGUCAAGAUUGGUGACAUUGCGGCAAGCUUUUGCGAGCAUGAUCCUGACUCGCAGCUCACUAGAGAAGAAGAAAUAUAUAGACAGGACAUGUUGCUCCUUGAAAACGAUCUUUACGAAUUGGAGGCCACCGUGGAGAGACUGCGCGGCCAGGCCGCUAACAGGGAAACGCGCGUAAAUAUGGCUGACAUAGAGCGCAUUGCUAUGGUUCUCUCGAAGAGCAGCAAAACGGUCGCUGAUUGGAAACUGAAAUUCCCGAUUCUUCAAGAUACAAUGAAGGUCAAAUUGGCAUCGGAAAUGGAGAAAGUGGUACGCAAAGAAAAAAUGCUGGAAGAUGAACCGGAACGCCUAGAGCUGGCACUCCGUCGUUGUAAGAAACUAACCGGAACCUUAGUUACACUUAAAAGGCUAGCCUGCGUACAAGAACAACGCCUUCCCAUCACGGAUGGACGAAUUUCGCCUGGGUCUUCGCAAAGCUCCUCACUCACAGCUGGUCCAUCGUCCGAGGAGUUUCCCCCUGAAAAUACUUGCCCCUUGUCGGCUUCCCACAACAAGGGCACCGGUGGCGGCUCCAUGCGACCCCCAGCGGCCAGGGGAGCAGCGGACGUGCGCACAGAGAACGCCCUCGACGCGCUAUUAGACGAGCUCCAAACCUUCGCCAAGCCAACGGAGCGCGGCGGCAGGGGAGAGGGGCCCCUGCGCCGGCUGCACUCCUACCCCAGUGGCAGUGACACCGACGCCUCGCCGCCCGUCCGCGCGCGCGGCCAGCACCCCCCCAAGCCGCCCGUCCCGGAGCGCCACCCGGAGCUCUUGGCGUUGGCCGCGCGGAGGGCGCCCCCGCCACCGCCGCCCCGAACCACUUCCAGGUCCCCGCUCGCCUCCCCCACCUCGCCCCCGUCCCCCCCGCGCGCCCCCUCAGACACGAACGACGACGACAUGGGCAACACGCGCCAGGCGCUCCUCGAACAGAGGCACCAGGAGCUGCUGAAGAAACAGAGGGCCCUCCAGGAGCAGUACGCGCGGCUGCAGGUGAUGCACCGCAGCGGGCCCGCAGUGCCGCACAGCGUGCAGCCGGACCUAAAGAAGACCGGCAGCGAGUCGAACCUGCUGACCAAGAUGAGGCUGAACAUGGCGACGGCCAACAUGUCCGGCAGCAUGACCCAUUUGGCGGGCGACGGCGACAGGAGGGGCAACGACACCGCACCUACACCGAACACGCCCAGCCCGCAGCCGCCGCAGGCGACCGACGCGUUAGCCACCACUAACAAGGUUUACGAGACUGACAUACUG